CUUUGCCGAUGCAGAUGGUAUCGCACUUGGGAGAAAUUCAUAUUACUAUGGGCAAUUUACUCUUCUUUCUUCACACCCAUGGAAUUUGGCUUCUUCAGAGGAUUACCAAAUCACUUCUAUUUACUAGACAUAUUUGGUCAAACAGCUUUCUUCAUCGACAUUGUCCUUCUCUUCUUUGUUCCUUACAGAGACACUCGGACCCACAAGUUGGUCUAUAAUCGACACCUAAUAGCUCUUCGGUACUUAAAAUCUCAUUUCAUCUUUGAUUUACUUGCAUGUAUGCCCUGGGAUAAUAUUUACACGGCAUUUGGGAAAAAAGAAGAAGUGAGAUACCUUUUGCUGAUUAGACUAGGUUCUAAAACUCAUUGUUUUUUUACUGUUGACUCUACUGACACAACGGCAGCUUGCAUAUUCUACUAUUUAGCUACAACUCUUCCACCUAAUGAGGAAGAAUACACGUGGAUUGGAAGCCUUAAACUCGGUGACUAUAGCUACUCCAACUUCAGACACAUUGAUCUUUGGACGCGAUAUAUCACAUCCUUAUAUUUUGCAAUUGUGACCAUGGCAACAGUCGGUUAUGGUGAUAUACAUGCGGUGAAUUUAAGGGAGAUGAUAUUCGUAAUGGUGUAUGUCUCAUUUGACAUGGUUUUGGGUGCUUAUUUGAUUGGUAACAUGACAGCUUUAAUUGUGAAAGGAUCGAACACAGAAAGAUACAGAGAUAGAAUGGCGGAUCUUCUUAAAUAUAUGGAUCGAAAUAAAUUAGGAAAAGAUAUACGUAAUCAAAUCAAAGAUCAUAUGCGAUUACAAUACGAUAGCAACUACACUGAUUCUGCUGUUAUUCAAGAUCUUCCGACUUCUAUUCGUGCUAAAAUAUCAGAAACUCUGUAUAGGUCAUACAUUGAAAAGGUUUCUCUUUUCAAGGAAUGCUCUUUGGAAUUCAUCAAUCAUAUUGUAACACGAGUGCAUGAAGAGUUUUUUCUUCCUGGAGAAGUGAUUAUGGAACAAGGGAUUGUUGUUGAUCAACUUUAUUUCGUCUGUCAUGGAAACCUGGAAGAGGUAGUUAUACAUGAAAAUGGAUCAGAAGAAAUAGUAUCAAUUCUAAAACCUCACGACUCUUUUGGAGAUGUUUCAAUUAUAUGCAACAUUGCCCAAUUAUACACAGUUCGAGUUGUUGACCUUUCUAGACUUUUGAGAAUUGAUAAACAAUCUUUUUCCAAUAUCCUUGACAUAUAUUUUCACGAUGGAAGAAAAAUUCUCAACAAUUUACUAGAGGGUAAAGAAGGUGAUAGUCACAUGAAAGAUAUGGUAACAGAUAUCAAAAUUCAUAUUGGAAUGCAAGAAGCAGAACUUGCAUUAAGAGUCAAUAGUUCAGCUUAUUCCGGAGAUUUAUCUCAUUUAAAAAGUUUAAUUCGAGCUGGAGCUGAUCCAAAUAAAAAAGAUUAUGAUGGAAGAACACCAUUGCAUCUCGCUGCAUCAAAAGGGCACGAAAAUAUAACUCUUUUCCUAAUUCAACAAGGCGUCGAAGUCAACGUUUUCGAUAAUUUUGGGAACACGCCGUUAUUUGAAGCGAUUAAGAAUGGGCAUGAUAAGAUUGCUUCGUUAUUAGUGAAACAUGGUGCUUCAUUCAAAAUAGAAGAUGCUGGAAGUUUCUUGUGUUCAUCGGUAUCAAGAGGAGAUAUAGAUUUUAUCCGAAGGGUUUUGUCAAAUGGUGUUGACCCAAAUUCAAAAGAUUACGACUUUAGAACUCCACUUCAUGUUGCCACGUCACAAGGAUCUUAUGUAAUAGCGAAGAUGCUAGUUGAAGCAGGGGCUAAUGUUUUAUCGAAGGACAGAUGGGGGAAUACUCCACUUGAUGAAGCGACAUUAUCUGGAAACAAAAUAUUAAUGAAAUUAUUAGAAGAAAGAAAGUCUUUUCAGAUGUCAGAAUUUCCUUCAUGUUCUCAAGAAACAAGAGAUAAAAUGUCACGAAAGAAAUGUACAGUAUAUGCGUUUCAGCCAUGGGAAUUAAAAGAUGAAAGCAAGUACGGAGUUGUGUUGUGGGUCCCGGACACCGUUGAUGAACUCAUGAAAACAGCAGCUGAGCAUUUGAAGUUGGAGCUUUCUACCAGUUUUUGUAUUGUAACAGAAGAUGUAGGUAAGAUUCUUGAUGUGAAUAUGAUUACAGAUGGACAGAAGCUGUACUUAAUUACUAUUGACACAUGA